CAAGAUAUUUACUUAUUAUUACUAGAUAUUUACUUAUUUGAAAAUCUUAAUCUUCUUGUGUUUGUUCUUCAUGUGUUUGGUGAUUCAGAUGAACUGAAGUCAGUGAAGGAGGGAGAUUCAGUCACUCUAAACUCUGGUCUUACUGAAAUACAGACAGAUGAUCUGAUAACAUGGACAUUUGGAACUGACAGGUCUCUCAUGGCUAGAAUCACCAGUACAAGAGCAACCAAAGGAAUACUUGAUGGUCCUGAUGGGGAAUUUGGAGACAGACUGAAGCUGGAUCAUCAGACUGGAUCUCUGACCAUCACAAACAUCAGAACCACAGACUCUGGGUUUUAUGAACUGACCAUCAACAACAGCAUCUCAGAGACUAAAUACAGAUUCAGUGUUACUGUCUAUGCUCGUCUGCCUGUUCCUGUCAUCAGCAGAGACUGUUCUUCAUCAUCAUCAUCAUGUUCAUUGGUGUGUUCAGCUGUGAGUGUGAGUCAUGUGACUCUCUCCUGGUACAAAGGAAACAGUGUAUUGUAUAGCAUCAAUGCAUAUGAUCUCAGCAUCAGUCUCUUUCUAAGUCUGGAGGUGGAAUAUCAGGAUAAAAACACCUACAGCUGUGUGAUCAACAAUCCCAUCAGCUACCAAAUGAAAUACCUGGACAUCAGUGAGCUCUGUCAACCAUGUCCAGCUGUUACAGCACCAGACCCACAGACUCCAUUACAUCCCACUUUAUAUCUUACUGCACUUCCUCCUUCACGUCCUCCAGUCUCAGCAUCUCUGGAAAUGGUGCUGAUUUCUGCUGCUGCCGCUGGAUCUCUGCUGAUUGUGGUUGUAAUUGGGACGUUGUGUAUCUGCAGGAAACACAGAGAUGCAGGUCAAGUGAAUCUACAGCUCUCACGUCUGUAAAAACAACGUGAAUCUGACGUGACGGAGGAUAUUUACUUGUGUUUCACCGCAGAACAAAGAUCAAACUCUCUGUGGUUCUGUUUCCUCCCAAAUCAUGUAUUGAUGAUCACAAUAACUGCAUCUAGCUUUUAUGCUCUAUUACUGUGCCAAAUAUAAUUGUAGGUGUUUGUUGUUUUGUCAUUUAUAUUUCCUAUAAGUGAUUUUUGAUAAGUUUGUGAUACUGAUAAAUAUUGCUUUGCUCAAACUGGAUUAAUGCCUUUAUCAAUAAAGUUUUCUC